AUUCACUAGACCUUGCAGCUUAUGACAAACGCGCACGCAAAGAACAACGGAAGGAUAUAGGUCGAAUUUUUUUUUUGCAUUUGCGUCUUAGCAAAUGAGUUGGUGCAGUAUUACUUUGAUGUCCUUCAUUGUUUGAGAUGCAGUGAUUUGAGUGUUCCUAAGUAGCUCCAGCAAGAAGGCAGCAUGAGUGGUGCCUCAGUGGUACAAUAGGAAUGCCAUGAGACUCUGCACAGCAAAAUGUGGCCUGAUCACAAUAUGUGUGAUCCAGCUGCUGGCGACCAUCGAGCGGCAGGCGUUCGACUUCCUCAGCUACAUGUGGCUACCCAUCAUCGCCAACUUCCUGCAGAUGGUGGCAGUCAUCUUCGGCUUCUUCGGCGCGUACCAGCACAGAGUCCGCUACCUGCUGGUGUACGUGGUCUGGACGGUGGUGUGGCUGGGCUGGAACGUGUUCGUACUGUGCUUCUACCUGGAGGUCGGCCAACUGCAGAGGAGUAACGAGCUGCUCAGCCUGUACACGGGCGCCGCGCCCUUCUGGGAAGCCUCCGGACCGGGCUGUGUACCCGUGUACGCCACCAACGGUACGGUACCAGAGGAUCCGUUCCGGCCACCGCGGCCCAUCCGCGUGGACGGCUGCUGGCUGCCUGUGGAACACGUGGAGGCCCUGCAUGCCGGGAUUCACCUGGCACUGGCGGUGGCGGGCCUUAUCCUGGCUUUGUGUCUCGUCGUCGCCAGGCGUCGGGAGGACGACAGCUCUGCCAGCAAGCCACGGCCUCUCUCCCCGGCGUUCCACAUCGAGUACCGCCCGCACCGCGUGGAGGAGCGACCCGAGAGUCCAGCGGCGGUGCUGCCCUCCGGCGACCAGGCGACAGGGGCGGUCGGGGCCGCGCCCAUGACACCUAGGAAGAUUAAACGGCGGGCCAUGUCUCGCAGCUCGCAGCGGUCGUCAGGGCGCAGCACGCGCAGCGGCCGGUCGCGCUCCAGUCAGCGGCAGCGGCGGCACGCCAACCCCGUCACCCAGCUGCUAGACUCCUCCUCCAGCGAGCUGGCCGAGCGGGGCCACACCAACGCCGGCUACCUGUCCGGUGAGCCGCCGCGGCCUCCCAGCGUACACUCCAGUUAUAGCAACUACCACGGACAGCGGCGCGCCGGACCGUCGCACGCGCACGCCGCCGCAGCCGCUGCCGCCGUGGCCUCGGACUACGGCACGACGGGGACGCUAAGUGCGGGUCCGUCCGGCUACGGCCGCCGACCGGCCGCCGCCAGCCGCUACGGCAGUGAGUACAGCGACUACGGCCGGGCGGGCCCGCCUCCGUACGAGGCCGUGCCCAGCCUCACAGAGACUUCAAUGUGAAGGGACGAGAUGCGGGAUGGGAAGGGAUGGGAUGGGAAGACGGCUUGGCGGUGGGGUGGGUGGGUAGUGACGAGCCUUUCAAAGCAACAAGUGCUUUAACGGCUUCUCUUGGUGCAUAAUAUGCUCGUCUUCCCGUCAUUGUAACUCUUGAACAAACUUUGAUCUGUCGCUCGCUCGUUCAUGUACGUUUUGGAUCUGAUUUUGAGUGACGUAGCACCCCCAGUGUUCUCCCCUUUCUUUACACAUUUAUCUGUGUCUGUGAUGACUGUAGCGUUUCCCCGUCGUACGGAGGGGCUGUGCGCUCACUCAUGCGUAGAAUCAUGAUGAGUCUGCUCAUUGAGUCGCCGUGUGAGUCCUUAAAGUGACUCAGUCUGUGAAUCUGAAAGGAUAUUUGAUGCUGAUGUGUGCGCGCCUGUGUCAGUGUUCGGGUGGACCCUUGGACUGAUAAGGAUAUCUUUGGUCAUCUUUGAUGUGAGUCGGUAUCCCCCGCUCGCUAGCAUCCAUGACAGGCCAGCUGCUGCGCCAGUCUGUGCAGACUCAAUUUUGUCGAUAGAACCCCACGGGUACACACGAGAUAAGGCAUGAGCAGCCUCUCUGACAUAAGAUCGGCGAUCGAAUGCUUCAUGAGACUCGUGCUUGACAAUCAUACUAGAAAUCAAAUCGACCGCUAUUUGAAGCAGUUUUCUACGUAAACAUUUGUAGUUGCCAUUGGAUAUACAUAGGAUUAAUGGUUGAAACCAAUCUUAUCAGGUGCCCCAGAAUGAUUGUCUCGUUGCAGUAAUUGAUAUGCUUUAUAGGCCGCAACGCGUUUGUCCGGCACUUGAUCUUUUCUAUUACGUAUCGCGGCUACGCUGAUAGUGAGGAGUUUUAGACACUUUGACAGUUGUCAGUUUGGUUCUGAAGCCUGCAUCGUCCGUUCCAUAAUGGCGGCUCUCAUGUGCUAUAUGCAGGCGGCCAUGUUGAAUGGACGCGGCCGUAGGUUCAUCGCUAUUGAUCUGUGCCGCAGUCGUGGCGUUGUCUGUUGGUGUAUUGCUGUGCCCGAGCUGUUUCGAUCUGAUGUGUUCUGUCCCGUCCGAUAUCGACUUUGUGUCUGAAGGUCCAUGUCCUAAGCUCAGUCGCCCUAUUGACUUGCAUCCCAUGACAGCCUGUCAGUGUAGCUAGGCCAAACGGUCACUGUUCGUAGUGCGAAACUGCCGUAGUUAGGUGUCGUGAUAUCGCCCUUAGCGGCGAAACCCAUACUGUGGCCGUUCUGCGAGUGCCUUGCACGAUCUCCCUUAGCUUGGCGCAUAGAAGCGCGUUUGUAAUUUUCGAGGAGCCUGCUGUAUAGUUCGCCGGCGGCUACGCUGUGUGCCGCUAGGGUGCCGUUUUAGUAUACACACCAGUGUUCAUCACCCAUGUACCGUGGAUCUGUCGCGCGCACGGCCCAGCCGAACGCCACCCGCCCACCCUGUACAAAUUCAGCAGCCGAUUCUGAGCCACUAACAGAGGCCAUAUGUGUUCCCUGCGUGAUGGGUUUGCUGCUAGCGAUAGCAAAAUCCCCAUCUGCUGCUGCGUGUUCGACUGUUCAUGUCAACUGCCCGGAAUGUUUGUCAUGCUACAUACUCCAUAAACUCAUGUUGGCGUAGUGUAUAUUUAUUCAGUGUGUGAAUACAACUGACUCGUG